AUGACUUCGAUUUUACCAUACAACUCUGCGGUGCUUGUUCUUGAUGGCGGUUUAGGCUCAGAACUUGAGACUCGUGGCGUGCCAGUUGGCUCGUCCCAUCUUUGGUCUGCUGAGCUUUUGAUCUCUGAUCCAGCGGCUCUUCGUGACGUUCAUGCUGCAUAUAUUGCCGCUGGCGCUGACAUUGUGACCACAGCUUCUUACCAAGCAAGCUUCCCUGGAGUUGUGCGCUACUUUGAAGAAAAGCAAGGACCUGGUGAUUAUAAUGAUCUUGCGAAAAAAUACAUUGCAGAUUCCGUGUUGAUUGCGCAGGAAGCCCGUGAUGCCUUUUGGAAAGAAAACGAGGCCACUACAGACCGAAUCAAGCCCCUUGUGGCCGCAAGUAUCGGGCCCUAUGGCGCUUAUUUGGCCGCUGGUCAAGAAUACACUGGUGAUUACGGAUUUACAGAUGAUAAAGAAGGCGAGAAGAUUCUACAAGAAUUCCACAAGCCCCGGCUGGAUGCUCUGCUUAGUGCCAAUCCAGACAUUAUUGCCCUCGAAACAAUCCCAACUUUCCUGGAAACCAAAGUCUUGCUUGAUCUUCUGGCCAAGACAAAAGUAGAGAAUCCACCAUCUGUUUGGUUAGCCUUUUCAAUCAACUCUUCCGAUGAAACUGCUCUUGCAGACGGCUCUCCAUUAACUGCUGUUGUCGAUCUCAUUGCAAAAUACCGAGAUUCACCUGGUCUCCGCGUUACUUCCAUUGGCACCAAUUGUCUGCCACCACACCGUGCCCAUAAAGCCCUCCACACUCUUUCGCAAGAACUGGCACGUGUGAACUUGCCUCUUCCACUCGUCGUGUAUCCCAAUUCGGGCGAGAUCUACAAUGGAACAACGAAGGAAUGGGCCCCAAACCCAGAAGGUGUCUCCAAGGCAGAUGAUGAGACUAAUCUCUGUUUCCACGAGUUUCUGCCUAAUUGGUAUGCUUCUGGUGCGCGGCUUGUGGGCGGCUGCUGCCGUACUGGACCCUCCGAUAUUUCCGAGUUGCGCGGGCAGCUCCAAGCUCUGGCGCGACAGGCAUGA